UGGGUGGAAGUGAACAGGAGCAGUUUGUCAAUGACUGUCUGUCCUAAUGCAGCAGUUUGUCCUCACAAGAGCACGAUGGAGAGACGUCAGGUAAUGACGUGUGUGUGUGUGUGUGUGUGUGUGUUGGCUGACAACAUAUAAAAUGGUCCGGUCGAUUAUUGGACAGACAAAAGUGAAGAAUCAGAAAUCUCUGUUCAGAACGAGAAGAAAACACAAAAAGAAGACGACGACGACGACGAAGGACGAGAAAAUCUCAGAGACAGAACGGGGGUGAGUGAAACAUGAGACUUAUUUUUGACCUUUUUUGAUCCUUACUGUCUUCUUACUAUUGUUUAGAAACUGUCUGAAACUUCAUAAGAACUCUUAAAAUACGCCUCUUAAUUUAAAAGGACCUAAUAGAAUCAGAAUCAGAAUCAGAAUCAGAGUGCCCUUUAUUGUCCAUAUACUGGAGUACAACAAGAUUGGAGAGCUUCUCCAUUUUCAGUGCGAUAGAUAAAAAAAGACAACAGAGCCAAUUAAAAUGACAAAAAUAGUUGUAAGAAAAAAGAAUAGGGACAGACUAUACACAAGAUAAAAUCCUCUAGUGCAGGGUAAAUAGUGUUAAGUAUUAAGAAUUAUAUAUACAUGUUUAUAUAUAAUAUUGAGGUAGGAUUCAACAUAGCAGCAAUGGUAAUAUAUUGCAGUUUAAUUUUAUUUGACCAAACUGUGUUGACAUUUUUGUAUAAAACUGUACAAAACAUGAAGAUUAAGGACAAAAAAUUUAACCUGAUAAAAAUGAUGAAAUCCAAAGUAACAAAAACUUGUAAAAGAAAAUAUAUUAUAUUGAAAGCAUUUAAAAAUGUAAAGGUAGAAGUGGCAAAAAAUGUUUGUUUAAUGAACAUUUAAUCAGAAUAGGUGAGGAUGAUAUCAGAAAUACUCUACAGCUGAUGAGCCCAGAUUUUUUUGGAUAAAUUAAUUUUGUAAUUUACUCAUUUACACAAUUUGACUGUUUUCCUUUUAGUUACUCCUACAUUACCUUUGUUGUCCAUGUUAUUUUCAGUUCUCUAGUUUCUUUUUUCUGGAUUUGGAUUUUUAAUCAAGUUUUUUUUUUGUUUAUUAAAAUCUUUUCAGUCUGCAGUUUUGGUUCUUUUGUUUAAACUUCAUUGACGAGAUUUCACAGACAGGGAUGAAAACUACAAAAACUAAAAUCAGGAAUCAAACCCUGAAAACACAAAGAGAAACUAUCCUGAGUGUAUGUAUCAUGGAUUUUACUUUGAAGUUAGUACAAAGUCACAAUGAUUUAAAAAAAGAAAACAAAAGAAAAACUUCAUUUUUGUUUACCUGUUUCUGAUUGGCCGGCAGGAGAAUGCGUCCUGUGUGGCUAUUGGUGUGUGUGGCCAUGGUGGGCGUGGCCAGAGGAGCUGUCAGUAAUUGUAUGGAACACCGGAGCUGUCAGGAAGUCAACUCUGAGAGCAGGAUGAUGGUGAACACACACACACACACACACACACACACACACACACACACACACACACACACACACACACACUAUUGUAGAUAUUGGCUGUGUUCGAAAUGGAUCCCUAACCCCUAUAUGGGCGACUAUCGUGGGGUUAGCAUCAUUUUGAGGGGUGUCCGAAACCUCAGUGAUCAAUUCCAGUGCCCCAUAUAGGCAACUCAAAAUUUACCAUAAAGCAUUGCAAAAUGUAGUGACCAUCUGAUGGUCACUCACCGGUGGUGGGCAUCCCAUCAUGCCAUGUAGUGCCUGAAACCUCAAGGGAUUGAGCUCACUACAUAGUCAGCUAUAUAGUGAAACCCUAUAUAGGGGUUAGGGAUUGAGUGAAUCAUUUUGGACACAGCCGUUGUCUUUUCUUUUAAAUUGAACCUUUUGAUCAGACUGUUAAGCACCAGUUUAUAUCCUGUUUUAUGACCCAUCUAUAUAAUCUGUCUAUAAGGUAUAAUAAUGUAAUCUAUGACUAUAUAAAUAAUGGAUAUAAGGUUAGACACAGUCUGAGCCCUUGUCCUCUAAAGGGAUUGUGUUCUAAAAGUGCUGAAAUCUCAGCAGAGCGUUUUUAAAUGAGCUAAAUCUCAUGGUGGUAAACUUGAGCCUCGCUUUUGUACCAGUUUUCCUCAUUAAAGGAGCAGAACUGUUCACUUUCUCAUGUCAUGUAACUAAUACAAUUUAAAGGUGGGGUCGGCAGGAAUUCGUUAAAGAAACAUCUUUUUUGUGGUGUAUAAACAAAAAAGCUUUUAAUAUCAGUCAAUAGUUAUUAGUUCUUGAUGACAUUUGGUAAUAUAUCGAUAUCUCUGUGUUCUCUUAUGUCUGUGUAGUCUACAUUUUAACAUUUUUGAGCGGUCCGCUCUUUCUGACGAAACAAAGCUGUUCUUCACCUCCUCUAACCUGAUUGGUUGUGAGGCAGACGCUGCUCCCCCGUGUCGUUCAUGAGCCCAAACAAAGUUAGCGUGCUACAAUAUCGGACAGUAGAAACCAACCAGAAAGUUCGGAAAAUUGUCUGAAUCCUCCUUUGGCCACGACUGCCGACACAAGCAAGAAAACAAAGUAAAUACCGGAGACUCUGGAAGAAUAACGGGCGCUUAAAACGGAGGUAGACCGGACAAGAGCUAAAAAGCCGGGUCAACAUAAACGAUGGGGGACGCUUGGGGAUCUUGGUGACCCUGUAACCUUUCUGCUGGACAGGUAAACUGCUUUAACAAAGUAAGACAAGUGUCUGUAACAGAAGUGUUUCUUGUCAAGCGGACCUGCUGUAGCGUGUUGUAGCGCCAUCGCUAAACUGUCCUCCCUCGGGUCCUGGACUAUGUCACUUUAUCCUCGUUGUAGAAGUCCUGCAAACGUUGUGUUUGCUGGUAGUCUGUUGGCAUCUACAGUAGCACCAAUGCUUUUGACUUUCACCUUGACUGGGCCCCAUUUGUAAUGAUCUGAAGUAUUUAUCUGCAUUAUAUCUGAAUUUAAUUGGAACGAUACGAGCGAGCAGGAGCGUCUGUUUGUGGGCGGGGCUUGAGGGGAGAGGAGGAGCUGAGGGGAAAACUGGUUGGGAGGGGUAGAGUUUACAUUCAAGAUUUCUCCUAAAAACUGGAACUUCAUCAGACCCUGACUACACCACCUUUAACUUCAAAAACAGUGAAAUAUCCCUUUAAUAAACAGAAGAGCCUGAUGUAGAGCACAUUGUCUAAUGAUGUUUAACGCUGUGACAUCUGACCACAGGACUGUAUCCAACUCUGCCGCUCAGACCUCACCGCCGAGACGCCCAUCAUCCCAGGCGAAGCACACCUCCAACCUCCUCCUCCAUCAGAUCUGGUGUCUCUGCUUCCUCUCUUACCCUCCUCCUCCUCCUCUCCUCAGGCCAAGCGCUCCUACUCCAUGGAGCACUUCCGCUGGGGGAAACCUGUCGGGCGAAAGCGCCGCCCAAUCAAAGUCUACACCUCUAACGGCGCCGAGGAAGAGUCAGCUGAGGUUUUCCCUGGAGAGAUAAAGAGGCGGGAGCUGGCCAGCAAAAUAAUGGCAGAGGAAGAGGAGGAGAAGGAGCAAGAGGAGGUGGAGGGGGAGGGAGAAGAGGACGAGCAGAGUCAGGACGACAUCCAUGAGAAGCAAGACGGCGUCUACAAGAUGAAGCACUUUCGCUGGAGCGGGCCGCCAGCCAGCAAACGGUACGGCGGCUUCAUGAAGAGCUGGGACGAACGCACUCAGAGGCCGCUGCUCACGCUGUUCAAAAAUGUGAUCAACAAAGAAGGACAGCAGCAGGAGUGAGAGAGCGGGGAGGAGAGAGGGAGAAGGAGGAGAGGGGGGGAGCAGGGGGAGAGAGGGAGAGAGGGGAGGAGAGAAGGAGGAGAACAGCUGACCAGAAACACAGGAGCUCUCCACAUAAUGUCCUUAAAAUCACAACAAGCAGAAGUUACUGAUUCAUUUUUUUUUUGCACGGAUCAGGAUUUAGAAAGACGACUGAGAAGUUUUUGGACAGUUCAGUUCAGCCUGUUCUGUAGUGAGAGCAGCUUCAGUGUCAUUCAACACUAUAUGAUGUAUUUAUAAGUGUGUUUUUAUUGACAUGGUACAGGUGUGAUCAGGAUCAGGGGGCUGAAACCUCUCCGAUAAGACUGUUGUCAUGUUUGUGUGUACUUUCUGAAUAUUUGCAGAGUUUCUUCGCUCUGAUCAGUUUUAUAAAAAGGUUGACAAGCACAAGAAUUACAUGAUGGUAAGAAUCUGCUUUUUUCCUUUGUCCUGUCUGCACCUCCACACACAAUCUCAACAAAAGAGAGCUACAGGAAGAUAAACAGAGAGAGAGAGAAAAAUGUUUUAUAUUCUGAUGAAUGUAAAUAACUGUUAACAGCAUUAAAACAAAGUUAUUUGCAAGCAAAAUCUGCCAGGAGUUCUUUUUUUUUGUUUUAUUCUGCCUGAAAACCCACGAUAAUUAUUUUUUGUGUGUGUAAAUUAACCUCAUAAUCAAAUACCGUAUUUUUCGCACUUAAAAUCCUUUAAUUUUCUCAAAAAUCCUCAGUGCGCCUUAUGUAUGAAUUCUGGUUAUUAAAUGAGUUAAAGUUUG